AUGCCACCAAAAGUCAAGGCGCCGAAAGUAAAGGUUGAAUUUACGCCCAAGUAUGAACGCAAUUUAACCACCAAAUUCAAAUUUGGUGCUCACGUUGGAGCUUCUGGUGGUGUUUAUAACGCAGUGACCAACGCUAGGGAUAUUGGUGCUAAUAGCUUUGCCUUGUUUCUCAAAUCACCAAGAAAGUGGGUGUCUCCAGAAUACAACCCAGAUGAUGUCAAAAAGUUUCACGAGUUGUGCUCCACGCAUAACUACAAUCCACGCACAGAUAUAUUACCCCAUGGCUCAUACUUGUUAAAUUUGGGAAACCCCGAUUUUGAGAAAGCCGAGAAGGCCUACGUUUCAUUUGUCGAUGAUUUAAAAAGAUGCGAGUUGCUCAAUAUCGGUUUAUACAAUUUCCACCCUGGUUCAAGCUUAGACGGCAACCAUGAGGAAGCAUUGACUCGACUAGCUACAAACAUCAACCGCGCAAUUAAAGAAACAAACUUUGUAAAAAUAGUACUUGAAAACAUGGCUGGUCAUGGCAACUUGAUCGGCUCCAACUUGCAAGACAUUAAAGACGUCAUUGAUAUGAUUGAGGAUAAAUCCAGAGUUGGUGUUUGUUUAGACACUUGUCACUCGUUUGCUGCAGGGUAUGAUAUACUGGAUGCUACCAAACUAGAGGACUUUUUGCAAAAUUUCGAUGAUCUCAUAGGUGCAGAAUAUCUCAGCGCGAUACAUUUAAACGAUUCAAAAGCACCUCUUGGUGCCAACAGAGACUUGCAUCAGAAACUAGGCCAAGGAUUUUUAGGGUUGGAGGUAUUCAGAGCCAUUGCCAAUUGCAAAAGAUUGCAAAAUAUUCCCAUUGUGUUGGAAACACCAAUUGAAAAAAACGAAACAGAUGAGAUAUACGGAGAGGAAAUCAAGCUUUUAGAGUGGCUCGAGGGAAAACUGGUUGACGAUGCAGAAUAUAUCGAGAAAAGAGAUCAACUAUCAACAGCAGGACAAAAAGAAAGGCUGGAGCAUUUGAAAAAAUAUGAAGCAAAGACCAAAAAAAAUGCAAAAGCAACAGCUUCAAAAAGGAAAACUAACAAGACAAUAAAAGCGGAAGAAAGGGAAAAUGAUGAUGAUGACAUUAUCAAUAAAGUAACUAAGAAACAAAAAGUAACACGUUAG